AUGGAUGAAAGGGAUGCAGCAAUAAGGGAGAAGCUGAGCAGCGUUAAGGACACUUCUGAAGAGGUGAAGCAGUUGGAAGAUCAAGCUGCGGCUGUGAUGAGGGCUGCUAGGGCCGAGAUAUCGGCCGCGUUGAACAAGAUGAAGAAGGAAACUCAGAUUGAGGUGGAGCAGAAGCUGGCUGAGGGGAGGAAGAAAGUGGAGGCUGAAUUGCAGGAGGCAUUGGCUAAUUUGGAUAAGCAGAAGGAUGACACUAUUAGGGCUCUUGACUCGCAGAUUAAUGCUCUUAGUGAGGAGAUUGUGAAGAAGAUUGGUAUCAGAGCUGAUAUCUUUAGGGACAUGUGA